AUGGAUUCCUCAAAUUUAAUGCGGAAUCUAAAUAAACGGUUCACGAAUGGAAAUGAAACAUCUGAAUUCAAUAAAUCGAAAAAACGUAAGAACGAUAAUUAUGAAAUUAUGAAUCAUAAAAGAGCACGGAUGAAUGAUAAUGUUGUAGAAGUAAUUGAAAUUAUCGAUGAUUCAUUAUCUGAAAUAUAUGAGGACAUCACUGAACCUGAAACUACACCAUUCAGAGUUACCAGUCCCCUUACCAUGCCUAUUCAUGAUAUAUAUUGUCAGACUAACUUGUCCCAAUCAUCUGAUAAAGAAAAUGUGGAGAAGCCAGAAACAAGUAUUCAGAAAAACAGAAUUAUUAUUACACAAGAAAUAAUUUCUAAACAUAAACUUGAUCAUGAAAAAAAUAAGAUUAUGAAAAUUGAGUCUCCAAAGAAAAAUGAAAUUUUUCCAAAUUAUAAUAAAAAAAUACAAGACACAAUUAUUCGUUUAAUGUCUAGACCUCAAAAUGAAUAUAUUAUGAAAGAGAAACAUAAUAUUAAGAAGAGCGACUUGCUAACUGUAUAUUCACCAACAGCUUGGUUAAAUGAUGAAAUUAUAAAUCAUUAUUUAAGGAUGAUUGUUGAUCGUGAUCCUGAUAAUUUACAUUUCUUCGAUACAUUCUUCUAUCUAAAAUUAUCAACUCAAGGAUACCAAUCUGUUCGUCGGUGGUCCAAGCGAAAAGAUAUAUUUGCAUACAAAAAAAUGUUCAUUCCCAUCCACUUGGGCAAUCAUUGGUGUCUUAUUUGUGUAAACUUUAUUGAUAAGACUGUAAAAUAUUAUGAUAGUUUUGGCGGGAAAAAUCCCAAAUGUUUGAAUGUAAUUUUCGAUUACUUAAAAGAAGAGUAUGAAAACAAGAAAAACAAAACAUUUGACGUAAGUGGAUGGCAAUUAAUGCAUGCAGAUGAUUGUCCAGCACAGUUUAAUGGAUACGAUUGCGGUGUUUUCACAUGUAUCAAUGCUGAGUAUUUAGCUCGUGAUUCAAUAUUGAAUUUUACUCAAGAUGACAUGCUUAAUUUAAGAAAUCGGAUAUGCUAUGAAAUAUUGAUGAAUCGCCUAUGUUAUUAA